AUGUCGCACGACUUUUCCACCCAGAUCAACCAGGCGCCCUACUCGCCCGCUCCAUCGCACUUUUCGCACCAGAGCAUGGCCGAUCCUAACAUGCAGUCGCGCCAGCAGCAGGCCGUCGCCUAUCCCUCACCGCACUCGUACCCGUCGCCCUCGAUGCAGCCCACGUACACCUACCCGCCUCCUCAAGGCCAGCAGAGUAAUGAGGGCUAUCGAAGCUCUCCCCAGGGCUCCCAAAUGUCGUUGCCGCCGCUCAAUCUGCCGCCAAUACGUUUGCAGGAUGGACAGCAGUCUCAGGCGCAACCUCAGCCGCCGUCCCAGCCCAUGGGCUCUCCACUCCCACCGCCGCAGCACGCUAUGCAGCAGUACUAUCCUCACCCAGGGCAUGCGCAGCCCGGCCAGCCCAUGAUGGGCAACAUGGGCCCGCAGUUCAAUGCGAUGCGAUACCAGCUGCCACCCCAAGGCGACCAGCGAGUGCUCUCUGGCGGUCGCCACAAGAAGGAAAUCAAGCGUCGCACAAAGACUGGCUGUCUGACAUGUCGCAAACGAAGAAUAAAAUGCGACGAAGCCCACCCCAUGUGUAGAAACUGUCAGAAGAGCAAACGAGAGUGUCUUGGUUACGAUCCAAUUUUCAAGCAGCAAUCUGGUCCCGCCCAAAUACAACCUGCUCCCAACUCAGCGCCCGCACCCCACGCGACAAGCGCACCGGCGCCCGCCCCGUCAUCCUCGACAUACAGCCAGAGUCCGGUACCUCAAGGCUACGCACCUGCCUCCUCCGCUGGGUACGCGACUACCGCAGCUACCACGAGUGGUGAGCAUCAGCAGGCCAACUUCCACGCCAUCGACCCUGCACUCGCGCAAGCUGAUCCUGGUCUACAACAAAACCAACAUUACAACGGUGUGCACGCCAUGGACCCUGCUAUGAGAGGCCCUCCAGGCGCUAACCCUUACCCACCUCCACCAGAGCCUAUGAAAGGCAAGCGAUUGAACAUUCAGGACAUCUUUGGUAUAUGUAACCACAGCCCACCCGAGGUUCCUCAGCGGACCUCGCCAGUGCCACGUGAAGUUGACGACGAGUUCACCCGUAUCUUCCUCAAUGACUACUGCCAAGGGCUCGACGUCGUACUUGAAACCACCUGGUUCUCAGCAAACAACAAUGCGCUCAACAGAGUUUUCAGCGACCGAUACUUGCACGAAGAGGCCGCUUUCUUCACCGAGACCGUCAAGUACAAGGCUACCCAAGAUGCCGAUAUGACCAGCAUCUUUAGUCAAGAAGCUCGACUGUUAUGGCAUUUAUUGAGUACUUGCAAGCACAUGCUACCAGCCACCAACGGAUCACCACCAGAGGGUGAGGACUUCCAAAUAAGAGAGGCCCGAGCGCGCCUCGACGUUCUGGAAGCUCUUCUGACGAACCAAAAUCUCGACUCGAAUCCUACACGCCAACUCGCAUAUCCCGCUAGCCUUGACGAGGAAACUCGUGCACAAGUCGACUUCUGGCAUCAUCUUGGAGACUUCGUCCAAUACGCAGACUCAGACACCGCACCGCCCGGAGCCGCCGACAGCGCUCUUGGAGUCCUGCGUGGCGUCCUGCAUAUGCGCGAGGUACGCGACGCCAUCUACUCGAUUGCAAUCGCUCGUCACUACGGUAGCCGCAUUGGUGGUUUCCCCAACGCCUUACCAACCCCUGUCGGCCAACCUCCAGAGAGCGACUUGAAUAAGCUUCUCGUUGCCAUGUCGUUUAUCAGUCAUGAGAGCCGUUCUGCUACCCAGCAGGUUCUUGCGCGUAUUUGCGACAUGGCAAUGUUCUCUUGGACGGCGAGUAGGAUGCCGAGCCAAAGUCAUCAACCGCAGAGCGUCUAUCCUCAAUAG